AUGACUGUGAAAUUGUCUGGGAAAACGGUCUGCAAGCAACUGGUUGUCAAAGACAGACUUGGCCGCGGGUCUUUCGGCGACAUAUAUCUCGCAGAAUCGAGCGUCACCCGCCAGCUAUACGCCAUAAAAUUUGAAGAAAAGUCGGCUAAGGAUCCACAGGUAUUUUUCUAAGCUAAAAUUUACAAGAUACUGGCCGGCGUGAGAGGCGUGCCCAAAUGCUACGCGUCCUCUUCGUAGGGAGCCCAUAAUUACAUUGUUCUGGAUCUACUGGGUCAAUCAAUCUAAGAUCUGUUUCAGAAAUUUAACAAGUAAUUCUCAUUAAAAACCAGUGUCAUGGUAGGCCUGCAGAUGCUGGAGCGGGUGGAGGUCCUGCAUGGCCAGGGCUACUUGCACCGCGACAUCAAGCCGUAAAAUUUCCUGGCUGGCAGAACCGACCCCCGCACGAUCUAUAUGAUCGACCUGGGCCUGGCCAAACACUACAUGCGAGACGGAAAGCACAUCCCCUUCUGCUCGGGCAAAAAGCUGACCGGCACCGCCCGUUACACCAGUAUCGCCACCCACCAAGGCUACCAACAGUCCCGUCGAGAUGAUCUGGAGGGCAUUGGGUACGUGAUGGUCUAUUUGGCCAAAGGCAAGCUGCCUUGGCAAGGGCUGCGGCAGAUCGAAAAGAAAUCUCGCGACGACAUGAUCCGCGACAAAAAGCUGAGCACGCCCCUGCAACUAUGCGAGAACCUGCCUCCUCAGAUGGCCGAGUUCAUCGGGUCAGCCAGGAAACUGAAGUACGAGCAGGUGCCACCCUACGAGUAA